GUGAAUAGUCAUUGAAAAACCACGACAUUAUGGCAGCGUGAAAACUGAACACCUAAUAUUCAAACUAUUUUGAAUAGAUAUUAAAAAUAAAUAGAAUGGAGAAUUAGUGAUUAUUUAAUGCUGGUUUACGAACUGAGUUCUCCAUUAGUUAUCACGGAAACAAAUCAAACUUUAAUUUAUUUUUUUUCCGAAGAAUUUACGUUGUGCCAUUUGGUUUAAAUGUCAUUUAAAUUUUUACAUAAUAAUUGUGAUUGUGUAAUUUUCUUCUGAUAAUUGUUAUCGGUAUGACAGCUAACAAUGUGGAAGAACAACACCAAGAAAACGAUUAUAUUUUCUCACAAGCAGAUCAGCUAAUAAAAGAGAAUAAAGUUGAAGAGCAACCGACAUUUUUAAAUGAACCUAACGAAAUUGAAAGCGAAACCACUGUAAACCAGGAAAGUGAACCACCUACAGAAAAGGAUGAAGCAAUAAAGGUGACCAAAGAAUAUGAAGAUAAAGAAUACUUUGAAAAACCAAAAUAUAUUGGAGAAGAUGAAAAAACAUCGGUGAAUUCUUUAUCAAUAAGUCAGUUACGCGACAGCCCAACCACUUUACCCGAGGAAAGGCUGAAGUUUACUUUAAAGCAUCCGCUUAAAAGUGAUCAUACUUGUCCUCAAUGUAACGAAGCAAUGAGAUACCCAGUGCAAUUUAGUGAGUGUAAACACAGAGUGUGCUCUGCGUGCUUUCAUGAAUUUUUUAGAACAGAACCACGAUGUCCAGUAGAUCAAGGAAAAAUUAAUCGAGAAAAGGCAUUUUUAGACAAGACGUUAACAGAAACUAUUAUGAAGUUGGAGAUACUAUGCAAUUUUGAAGAAUGGGGAUGUAAAUGGGAGGGAACAUUUGGUGAAGGUCAGUCGCACUUCGAAAAAUGCGAUUACACAAACAUUCUAUGCAAUCAUGACUGUGGAGCAAAGUUUCAAAGAAGAUUUUUACAAAGGCACUUAGAUAAAGAUUGUCCAAAAAAAAUAAUAUCAUGCGCGUUUUGCGAGGAAAGAUGUUUAAGAGAAGAAAAAAAGGCUCAUUUAGAAGACUGUCAAAAGGUACCUCUUCCUUGUCCAAAUAAAUGUGACAAAAAGCUUACUAUACCCCGCGAUGAACUUGAUAACCACAUUGAAGUUGAUUGUCCUCGCACAAAGGUUUUAUGCCAGUUUGAAGAAAUAGGCUGCCCUCACCGAUGCAGCCGAGAGCGUCUUCAAAAACACAAUAAAACGGGUAUUAUUGCGCAUGUGCGUUUGUUAUACGACGUUGUCAUGAAACAGAGUCAACGAUUGGAUCAACACCACGAAUUGCUACAUGAUCAUGGAGCACUGCUUGAAGCACAUCAAGCUUUAAUUGAUGAAAUUCAGCAAUCAGCAAAAACUCAGUUGGUUUGGCGAAUCGAGGAAUUUUCUCGCAAGAUGAAAGAAGCAAAAUCUGGCAAUGUAACAACAUUAUUUAGUCCACCGUUUCACACAAGUAAACAUGGUUAUCGUAUGUGUGCAUCAUUAUGCCUGAAUGGCGAUGGAAAAGGAAAAGGAACGCAUAUAUCAGUUUUUGUUAGUAUUCUUAAAGGCGCAUUCGAUUCUCUACUGAAAUGGCCCUUUGAUUAUCGCAUUAAAUUCUAUCUACUUGAUCAAAACCCUGUUAUUGAAAAACGCUCUCAUAAGAAGUUCAAUAUUAAACCAAAUCCAUGCCAAGAAAAUUUACCUUUUCUUGGAUGUCCUAAGAUGGAGAAAAAUGCCUCUUUUGGCGCUGCAAAGUUUUGCAAGCAGUCGGAUCUUGAAGACCAGCCAACUUUAGUUAAAGAUGACGUCAUAUAUUUAAAAAUAUCGUGUGAUUGUGGUGCAGGGGCGGAGUUUUAAAAAUUUAGUUUAAAAAAAUUUAAAGAUUGAAUAAGUAAAAAAUAAGUUAAACUUUUAUCUUAUCACAUAAUAAGUCUUUGAUAUGAAAAUUUAUGUUUUUAUUAUUUUCUAUUAAUAAUUAAUUUAUUAUUAUGAGCGAAUUCGUUAAUUUUUUUUUGAACAAGAUUUCAGCAUCAGAUAAAUUUAUUUUUGUGUAUAUCAUUAUUAAUAAAAAAAUAUUAUUGUAAUGAAUAAAUUUACUAUAAUAUCUUUGUAAUUAAUUUUAUGUUGUUUUUUGCAUUGAGUCACUAAAAGGAACUAAACUUCUAAUUAAAAAUUUUAAUGACAAGAAAAAUCUUUUUUUAAAUAACAACUUUUAACAACAAUUUUUAAAACUAUAUGUUACACUAACUCUUUUUACCAUAAAAAUUUUAAAUACGUAACAAAAUUAAAAGGGAAAUAAUUUUUAACUUUUUUUCUGAAACUUAAAGUUAUUCAAUACUUAUGACUAUGGAAAACAUUUAUAAAUGUACAAUGUAUGGUAAUUGUAUAAUAUAUGAUCAUGUUUUAGAAUUUA